ACUAACUGAUCAUUUCCAAAACGAGACAUGAAAAUACUUGCCCAAAUUUUCUUGCUAACCAAACAAAUCUAGAAAAUCAGUGUAUCGUUUUCGUUUGCUUCCAAAAUCAGUUUAUAGCUUGGAUAUCACUUUACCUCGCUGGAGAGUUGGGGAAUGUUCUUUGUUUUGAUUGAGACUCUGAAGCUAUCCUAAACACUCUCAGAUCUGCUAACUCUCUUAUUUCUGUCUCAAAAGCUUCAAUUUUCUAUGCUUUUGGCUCUCUUGCAUUACCACAACUGAAUAGAGCUCAGAGACAUCACACAAAUCAAGAGGAGAUUGGCAGUAUUUUAGAGGGGCUAGAUGGCUACACUUGCAGAUAUGGGCCUUGCGGCAGCUAUCAAUAUUCUCACUGCAGUUAUUUUCUUAGUGGCAUUUGCCAUAUUACGGCUUCAACCUUUCAAUGAUAGGGUAUAUUUUCCAAAAUGGUACCUUAAGGGUUUAAGAAGCAGUCCAACGCAGUCUGGAGCAUUCGUAAGCAAGUUUGUCAAUUUGGACUUCAAAUCAUAUUUGAGGUUUCUGAAUUGGAUGCCCGAGGCACUGAAAAUGCCUGAACUUGAGCUUAUUGACCAUGCAGGAUUGGAUUCUGCUGUUUAUUUACGGAUUUACUUGCUAGGACUCAAAAUUUUUGUUCCUAUGACAUUCAUUGCGUGGGCUAUCCUGGUACCAGUUAACUGGACUAAUGACACAUUACAGAGACAAAAUGUAACUUACAGUGAAAUUGAUAAGCUUUCUAUAUCUAACAUCCCCCUUGGAUCACACAAAUUUUGGGCUCAUAUAGUGAUCACCUAUGUGUUCACUUUUUGGACAUGCUAUGUAUUACGAAAAGAGUAUGAAACAAUUGCAUCAAUGCGUUUGCAUUUUCUUGCCUCAGAAAGACGUCGUCCUGAUCAAUUCACGGUCCUUGUUAGGAAUGUACCACCAGACCCUGAUGAAUCAGUUAGCGAGCUUGUGGAGCACUUUUGCCUGGUCAACCAUCCAGAUCAUUAUCUUACUCAUCAGGUCGUAUUCAAUGCAAACAAACUUGCAAAAUUGGUCAAUGAGAAGAAGAAAAAGCAAAACUGGCUUGAUUAUUAUCAAUUAAAAUAUUCUAGAAAUCAAUCACGACGGCCUCUCAUGAAGACUGGUUUCCUUGGCCUCUGUGGGGAUAAGGUGGAUGCAAUUGAUUUUCAUACAUCUGAAAUCGAGAGAUUAUCCAAAGAAAUAGCUGCGGAACGAGAAAAUGUUACAAAUGAUCCAAAGUCUAUUAUGCCAGCAGCAUUUGUCUCCUUCAAAACUCGGUGGGGUGCUGCCGUUUGUGCACAAACCCAGCAAUCCAGAGAUCCAACAUUAUGGUUGACAGAAUGGGCCCCAGAGCCACGUGACAUAUUUUGGCAAAACCUGGCAAUUCCUUAUGUUCAAUUGACAAUUAAGAGGCUUAUAAUUGCUGUUGCCUUCUUCUUCCUCACAUUCUUCUUCAUGAUCCCAAUUGCAUUGGUACAAUCCCUUGCAAACAUCGAGGGUAUCGAGAAAAAGUUGCCAUUCCUAAAGGUCAUUAUUGAUAUACAUAUCAUCAAGUCGUUCAUCCAAGGUUUUCUACCUGGGAUUGCUUUGAAGCUUUUCCUCAUCUUUCUGCCAGCAAUACUGAUGUUCAUGUCUAAAGUUGAAGGCUUUAUAAGUAUAUCAUCACUUGAGAGGAGAUCUGCAUCUAGAUAUUACAUCUUCAACUUUGUGAAUGUAUUUCUUGGGAGCAUAAUCACAGGAACUGCAUUUGAGCAACUAAAUUCGUUUAUUAACCAGUCGCCGAAGGAGAUCCCUAUAACCAUUGGUGUGGCAAUUCCAAUGAAAGCAACUUUCUUUAUAACAUAUAUAAUGGUUGAUGGAUGGGCUGGUAUUGCUGGGGAAAUUUUAAGGUUGAAACCAUUGAUUUUCUAUCACUUGAAGAAUUUUUUCUUGGUGAAGACUGAAAAGGAUAGGGAGGAAGCAAUGGAUCCAGGGUCUCUGGGUUUCAACACUGGCGAACCUCAAAUACAACUCUAUUUUUUACUAGGCCUUGUUUAUGCUGUGGUGACACCGCUUCUACUUCCUUUCAUACUGGUUUUCUUUGGUCUGGCGUAUGUUGUAUACCGCCAUCAGAUCAUAAAUGUCUACAACCAAGAGUAUGAAAGUGGUGCGGCAUUUUGGCCUGAUGUCCAUGGACGUGUAAUAGCUGCAUUGGUUAUCUCGCAGCUUCUUCUAAUGGGAUUGAUAAGUACAAAACAAGCUGCUCAGUCAACACCAUUUCUCAUUGCUCUUCCCGUACUGACCAUAACGUUCCAUUUGUUCUGCAAAGGUCGUUAUGAACCUGCAUUUAUCAGAUAUCCAUUGCAGGAAGCGAUGAUGAAAGAUACCCUAGAACGCGCUAGGGAACCAAACCUCAAUCUGAAAGGCUAUCUCCUGAAUGCUUAUAUCCAUCCCAUUUUCAAAGCCAGUGAUGACGAUGAUGAAGACGAAGAAAUUAAUGAAAAAUGGGACCAGGAGAGUGUGCUCGUCCCCACAAAGCGCCAGUCACGCAAAAACACACCAUUGCCCAGCAAAAUUAGCAGCAACUCGUCGCCAUCUCUGCCUGAGGAGGAGGAGUUUCAGGAACUUUCACUGCUGUAAAUCCUAAGCAUGAGACUCUUCGUACAUUGGGCACCUUGCAUUGUUUAAAUCAGUUAAGGAGGGUCACGCUGUAAAUUAGCAGAAAUAACUUUUUUUUCUUUUUUUGCUUUGUUGUUGUUUAUGUGUGUGUAUAUGUACAUAAAUAUAUAUAUACAUACAGAGAGAGAGAGAGAGAGAGAGAGAGAGUGGUGCAGCCUCUGGUUUUGAAUUUGAAGACAUUGAUUCUGAUGUUAUGACAGUGGAAACAGCAACCCUGGAAGAAGAUCAGGACGAGUUUGUGAAAUUUUACAUAUGAGAAUUGAAAUGCUUGUUGGUUCACAAAGAUAUGAGUUAUAACCACAAAUUUUUCUGCGUCCGUGAAUGUCCCCAUUUUUUAACCACUGGUCUACAGGUUAGAUGGUGUCAAGUUGGUCUCUGGACUUGUUUGUUUGAGGUUGAAGCUUGUUUCUUGUAUGAUCCUUCUGCACUGCAGGAUUCAAUCACCAGACUAGGCCAGUGUUUGUUUGUAGGAUUAUACUAUCCAAAACCAGAAGUGUAUAGCUCUCGCAAAUGGUAGAACAACUUUGAGUAGUACAUGAUGGGAAUUUUCUUAAUUGAUUAUUAGCAUGUUGGAUUGUAUGGUGGAUUGCUUGAUGUUCAUUUAA